AUGAAAGUUGACAGGUCAAGGAUAAAAGUGUCAGAUUAUUCUGAGAUGAAGCUGCUCGAUACCUUGCAGAAGCGCGAGGCUGCCUACCAGGAUAUGUUAGACAAUAAAGCUGAACCUGAUCGAUUUGAUGUUGUAACUCCUUCCGCUUUGAAUGAAUCCUCUCAGUCGGGGAUUCCGACACGGCCUCAAAGACCUGCUUCUAAACCAUCUGUCUCUGUUGUCAAAAACACAAACAGGCAAGUGGCGGAUACAGAUGAUGCCGACUUGAAGACAUUUGAGCGUCGAGUUCGUGCGUAUCAGCGAAUUAAAUUGUGCAGCCGCCAACUAGCAGUGGAACACAAUAAUGACUUUGCUGAGCCUGGUGAUCAUAUUUUGGAUCACUCAUUGCGUGUUCCGGGUGAAGUAUGGGAGAAGCUCUACGGAUACCAACGCGAAGGGGUUUCUUGGCUCUGGGGACUCCAUCAGCAGGGUGUUGGUGGUAUCCUUGGUGACGAAAUGGGUCUUGGCAAAACUAUACAGGUGAUCGCAUUCUUAGCUGCGUUGCGCCACUCAAAACUCGAAACAACUGGCGGUAGUUUUGACGUUGCUGUUUCGCAAAUGAAGCAAUCCUCGUCUUCAGAAACUUUAAACAAAACCCACGGACUGGGACCAGUCUUGAUAGUUUGUCCCGGAACUGUACUAAAGCAAUGGCUGGCAGAAUUUCGAGAGUGGAUUCCAACCGCGCGUGUAGUUAUCGUCCACUCAAGUGGCUCCGGCUACCACAAUAUCUCACACCUAGUAUCGAGUUUAUUUGUGACCUCUGGAGUUGCCUUGACUACUUACGGCACGUUGACCCAGCACAAAGACCUGCUUCUGCCCCUUCCCUGGCACUACCUCAUCCUUGACGAGGGUCACAAAAUUAAAAAUCCUGAAGCCGACAUCACCGUCACGGUGAAGCGGUUCGCUACUCCACACAAGUUGAUUGUGUCGGGCACCCCCAUGCAGAAUAACCUGAAGGAGUUGUGGUCGAUAUUUGAUUUUGUGUACCCGGGGAAAUUGGGAGGUCUUCCUGACUUCCUAAUUAACUUUGCUGUUCCCAUCACCCAAGGUGGCAACGCAAACUCCACACCUAUUCAGGUCGAAACGGCAUACAGGUGUGCUUGUACCCUAAAAAACCUUCUUUCUCCCUACCUUCUGCGACGUAUGAAGUCAGAAGUUCAUCUGGAAUUGCCGAAGAAAUCAGAACAGGUUCUCUUUUGUCACUUGACGAACUAUCAGCGCUCGUUGUACGAGGAGUAUCUAAACUCGAAGGCCUGUCAAGACAUCCUUCAGGGCAAGGGACUAGUUUUCAAGGGACUCAUUCUCCUGAAGAAGCUCUGCAACCACCCAGAUUUGGUGACGGGCGGCCCGAGGCGCUUCGGCAUGCGAUUUGGCGAGGACCAAGACGAUCUGCUCACUGGCGACUUCAGAGCGAGCGAGGAACAGGAGGACUGGCAGAAAUUUGGGUGUUCUCGACGAUCAGGGAAACUCCUCGUCACCCUCGACCUGCUGAGUUUGUGGCGAGAACAGAACCACAAAGUGCUUCUUUUUAGCCAGAGUCGCAAGAUGCUCACCUUACUGGAGAAGCACCUUCAGCGCCGUGGUUAUUCCUACCUUCGGAUGGACGGAACCACAGCGAUGGGACAACGACAGCGUCUGGUGGAAGAGUUCAACAGCUCCUCUUGUGAUCGCUGUUUUGUCUUCCUGCUGACUACGCGAGUGGGCGGUCUGGGGGUUAAUCUGACCGGUGCAAACCGAGUCCUCAUUUACGACCCAGACUGGAACCCCUCGACAGACGCCCAGGCACGGGAACGAGCCUGGCGCAUCGGCCAGUUGCGUGAAGUUGUCGUCUAUCGUCUACUCGCCAGUGGUACUAUCGAGGAAAAGAUUUACCAGAGACAAAUUUUCAAGCAGUUCUUGACGAACAGGGUGUUAAAGAAUCCGGGGCAGCAGCGUUUCUUCAAGAUCAACGACCUCCAGGAGCUGUUCUCCAUCGCAGACGCCAAACCGUCGGAAGCGAACGGAGGGCAACGGCCCGAGUCUGCGUCCUUCUUCAAAUGCGUCGGCAUCCCCAAACACGCAAUUGCCCAACCUCUUAAUCUCAGCGGUAACAGAUUCGACCGUCUGCUUGAAGAUAAGCAAUUAAAAGCAGAUGAAGCAAGCUCGUCCGAAAGUGAAAAUGCCAGCAGCCAGGAGGGUGCCUCUGUGGUGCAACGUCGGGAAGAGGAGACGCAGGAGGAACGAGAAGCGCGUCUUCGCGCCCAGGCACGCCUCCUGAGCAGGAAACUGGUGGAGAAAUAUGGACGAAAACGAAAGCGCGGAACACGUGUUGAUGGUCAUCGUAUACGCGGAGUGGAAAAGCUCUCCAGGCUUGAUGAGGGCGCUGGGAGCGAUAUUCAGGGAACCUCUGAGGCACCGCGUACCGACAUUGACCCUUUCGUUGCGUCCGUGCUUUGUGGUAGUGGAGGGGACAACACCGUGGAGACGAAUUCAGACCGGAGGCUGCAGGAGUUGAAGGCGAAACUGCAGCGAGUAGACGAGGACAUGCGAGAGGAGGCCGAACGCGUGGCAAAAGCAGCACUAGAGGCGAUAAGAGGCAAGAAAAAGACCCACUCUUCCAGACACCAACGUCCUUCUCGACGAAAUCGCAUCGGGGCACAGAGCGCGGCGUCUCGUCGGCUGAGAAACCUAACCACUGUGAAUCACGAUCGGUUGAUGAAUGAAUUCCUGAUGCCGGUCAAAGCGGUCGACCCUUCACUGGUUAAGCUUCAAGCCGCUCGAUUGGCUAGCAGUGUUGUCGCCUGGUUGCACGCAGAAGCCCUGAAAAUCUGCCGGCCCACCGCUGCUGUCGACGUGCCCCUCCCAUCUCCCCUCAGAACCACUUUUGGGCUAGCGAAAAACCCCUUUCUUUGGUCCCCACAGGAAAUCAAAUCCCCCCUUUACCUCUCUUACAUGGCACUGGACGGCGUAAGGUCUCCACAGUCUGACGAUUGGUCAAAAAAUUUCCUCUAUACGGGCCACAACCGCCUGAGCUCGAGGCUCUUAUUACAAGUGAUUCGUACACGUCGGGAUCGAAGCAUGACCUUCCUGGGGAUUUCCGCGCCCUCUCUUCUCGAAGGGGGCAGUGCUGAGAGUGUCUCGAAGGAGAGGGAACUGCGGAAGGUGGCUCUAGACCUCCUGCGUCUCUUCUCCGAGCGUCGACCGACCCCUUCCACAUCCACGUCGGAAGCGGUCGUCCUGGUCACGAACACGGACGAGAUUGCCGCGCGCUUCGAGGACCUACUUUCCACCAACGAUUCUUCCAGUGGCUUGAACGCUCGACACUUCAGGGCCUUGCUACGCGCCCUCGCCGUUGCGCCGGCAAAGGGUGAACGCGGGGAGAGAGGAACCACUUGGACUCUCAAGCCGCGAUUUGUUAUGAUCGCGCGCCGAUUCGCUCUGGCUCCGACGAGAUUUGCUCCCUGA